AUGCCCGAACUACCGUCGCACACGUCACCGGGCCUACCGCCACUGCACACACCGCAGCCCCAGAGCCCGAGCCGCACCGGCUUUGACUUCCACACGUCAGGGGCCGCAGUAGGGGAGGAUACGACACACAACCCCGGCCCCAGAGCAUCGCAGCACCGCGGAUCUGACCCCCCGCCCUCGAUCAUCUCGCCGGCAUUCACGCCUCCAGCGACGCCCGGCUUCAGCACCCCGUCGCAGCCGCGCCGGCCGCCCCGCUCCAUACCUGUCGACACCUCCGUGUCCACCCAGUCGCCAAGGCCUGAGCUCCUCGAAAAGCUGCCCGUGGUCGAGUGCGAAGUGCGGGCGCGCAUACCCACCACCACCGGCCACGAGAUGUGGCUGCACGUAUACCGCAACAACGUAGACACCAAAGAGCACCUGGCGAUUGUGUUUGGCAGCCAGAUCCGCUCGCGUUCCCUGGACGCGGAGAGACCUGGGGAAACAGAGCUUGACCGUAUGACCAGAGGUGCCUAUGUAGGGCGGCUGUUCCCCGGCCGAACGAGCUCGCGCAUAGAAGCAAUCAAGCGCUCCGAAGGCGUUCCCUCGAAACGCAGAUCCGAGCCAAGCACGACAGACCUCGACAACGGUCUGAUUUCGCCUUCUCCGGCCUCUUCGGACGACGGCGACACUCGAACCCCAACCUCAGACCUCCCCCUCGUCCGCAUCCACUCCGAGUGCUACACCGGUGAAACCGUCUGGUCCGCGCGCUGUGACUGCGGUGAGCAACUCGACGAAGGCGCACGCCUAAUGGCUGAUCCCACAUUCUCGCCUUCUGGCGGCGCCAUCAUCUACCUGCGGCAAGAAGGGCGCGGCAUUGGGCUUGGCGAGAAACUGAAAGCGUACAAUCUGCAAGAUCUGGGCAACGAUACCUACGAAGCGAAUGUUUUGCUUAGACACCCUGCAGAUGCGAGGAGUUAUGGACUGGCUACCGCUAUGCUCAUGGACCUGGGACUAGAUGGGGAGAGGGGAAUCAGGUUGCUCACCAACAACCCCGACAAGGUCCGCGCGGUGGAGGGUCCUGCGAGAGAGGUCGUUGUCAGGGAGAGGGUAGCCAUGGUACCUCUGGCUUGGAAGACGGGCGGGAAGCAGGGCAUCAAGAGCGAGGAGGUGGAAAAAUACUUGAGCACAAAGAUUGAAAAGUUCAAGCACAUGCUGGACCAGAGAUAG